AUGGAGCCCACUGCUUUGGCACCGGGUUUGGCUCCGGUGGCAGGAGCGGCACCACUAGAGUCGGGUGGAGGAACGUUUGGUAUCUCCUUUCGUGACAUCGUCGCCGGACAGCAAUCCCCAGUGAAGAUGAGGCCAAUAGUGGAUCUGAUUGCCAACAAGUUGGUACGCGUGGAGCUGGACAAUUGGGAUAGGCUUUGUUCUAGAGUCUAUGUUGCAGACUCCAUUGUGAAGAAGUUGAGCGGUCACCUCAAGGAAGCGCUUUUAGUCAGAAUUCUUGGCAAGAAUUUAGGCUAUAAUCUCAUCAAACAAAAACUACAGCCCCAGGGCAUUUUUGACCUCAUUGACUUGGACCAUGGGUUCUAUAUGGUCAAGUUUGACAGUUUUAGGGAAAGGGAGAAGAUCCUGCAAGGUGGGUCGUGGAUGAUCUUUGACCGGUACAUUGCUGUGAGUCAAUGGAACCCGGAUUUUGUCUCCUCCCUCGAUGCAGCCGGGACGACGCUUGUCUGGGUUAGGGUCCCGGGACUCAACCUUACUUUCUAUGACGAGAGUUUCUUACUGGCUCUAGCUACUGCAAUUGGCACACCGAUUAAGGUUGAUUCCAACACGAUCAAAGCAGUAUGGGGCAAGUACGCUCGAGUCUGCAUAGAGAUUGAGCUUAGCUUGCCGGUGGUGGGCAAGGUUCAGGCUAAUAAACGGAAUGGGGAGCAGGCGGCAGAGCCUCAGGCGACGACAGCUUGCCCCUCGACGGCUGCUGAAGCACACGUGAACCCUAAGAGCAAGGUGAUGGCUGAUGACGUCAGCCCUUCUGCACAAGUGGGACCCAACGACAAAGUUAAGCAUGGUGAUUGGCUGGUGGUUAAACGGAAGAAAUCCAAGGCCAUCAAUGUUAAACAUUCGGGAUCCGAUAAUAAGGGCAACAUUGGUGGAGGAAAUAACAACGGAUAA